GGGAUGGACUACCAGGUGGUGCUGGUGCUGAUCUCGAUUUUGAUAAUUUUAUAUUUUUCCCUUUUUGAGCAGACACUCAAUAGACACACAUCUUCAAAAACUGUCAUUGUCAUGACAUGCGUCACUGGUGCCACCAGGCGGUGAUGGCAGGAGGAGUCCCACGAAAAUCUUGAGAAAUUGAGAAUUCCUCAGAAUUUGUUAAUAAAUGUGACACAUUUCGUGGAAUUUUAUCAAUGAAGGGCAGGAAUUUCUUUCAUUCAUUGUUUUAUUUGUUAGUGAUGGUAUUCAGAGAUCUAGAGUAAAUAAUUGAUAAUUCGUGUGAGAUUUACUUAGGUGCAAAAAUGUUACUGGCACGUAGUAGAUAUUUAAUCCUCAAUCGAGGACUUCUCCAGGACUCCAGGGCAAUUCGAGUCACAGCGAUUUCUUCGCAAUUACCAAAAAAAUGUGAGAAUAGUGGAAUUGUUCAAACACGAGGGUAUCGUAAUUUUGGACAUGGAAAAAAUCGCAAAGUGUCCAGAAAUUUUGUCUGGUGGUCAGCGUUUUUGUGUUUUGGGAUAAUGGCACCCUGGCUUAAUUGGCGAGGGUGGAAAAAUUAUUAUUUUCCAAAAGUUGAUGCUGCAGAGAUGCUGAUAGAGGAAAACGAGGAGGGAACAGUUUCGGAGAACUCUAACGAAGCAAAGGAGAAGAAGAAGAAAAAACAGAAAGUUGGAUUUCGCGAUCGCAAGAUAAUAGAGUACGAAAAUAGGAUGAGAGCGUAUUCAACGCCCGACAAAAUCUUUCGUUAUUUCGCGACAGUCAAAAUAUCGAGCAUGGAGGGUACAGAGGUCUACAUGACACCUGACGAUUUUUUGAGAGCUAUUACCCCUGGCAUGAAACAACCAGAUGGUCUGGGGCUGGAUAAAUACAAAAGAUUCAAUCCAAAGGGGAUCCAGGAGAAGCUUGAGCUAGAGUUGAAUGAGAACAGUAUUUUCUACAAGCUCGGGAGUGCUGGCCUGAUCACUUUCUCCGACUAUAUUUUCCUGCUCACAGUUUUAUCAACUUCCAGACGUCACUUCGAAAUAGCUUUUCGAAUGUUUGAUUUCAACGGAGACGGGGACGUCGACUCCGACGAAUUCGGAAAGGUCGCGACUCUGAUUCGUCAACAAACGAGCAUUGGAAAUCGUCACCGCGACCACAGCAACACAGGGAACACCUUCAAAGGAGUCAAUUCAGCCUUGACGACGUACUUUUUUGGACCAGCCAACAAUCAGAAGCUGACGAUUGAGAAGUUCUUGGAUUUCCAGGAGCAGCUGCAGAAGGAAAUACUGAAUCUAGAGUUUGAACGACGCAAUCCUGACUCCGGUGGAAAUAUCACAGAAGUGGAUUUUACGGAGCUGCUCCUGGCGUAUGCUGGCUACCCGGAGAAGAAGAAGGCGAAGAUGCUGAAGAGGGUGAAAAAAAACUUCAAGAAUGGAAAGGGGAUAAAUAAGGAGGACUACAUGAAGUUCUUUCAUUUUUUGAAUAAUAUCAACGAUGUGGACACUGCAUUGACGUUCUAUCACAUCGCUGGGGCCUCAAUCGAUCAGUCGACGCUGAAACACGUGGCGAAGACUGUAGCCCACGUGGAAUUGAGCGAUCACGUUAUCCAAGUGGUUUACACAAUUUUUGACGAGAACAUGGAUGGACAGCUCAGCAACCGGGAAUUCGUCGCUGUGAUGAAAAAUCGAGUCCUGAGGGGUCUGGAGAAGCCGAAAGACACUGGAUUCGUCAAGCUCAUACAAUCGAUGGCCAAAUGCGCGAAAAAUAGUUACACCUUCGAUAAAUGAUCGAACGCACAUUAGAUCGAAUUUCUAUCCUAACAGUCAUACGUUCAUUGUGAUUAUUUCAUUAUUUAUUAAUUAAUUCUCAGGAGAUUAUUGUGGCUUUCUAUUCCUCGAUCUGCAAAUCAUUAUUUUUCUCAUGCAGGAGUGUGAAUUGUUAUUUACUGUAUUUUAUUGAAUAAACGAUGGAAUUGAAGA